AUGGCAGAGGGCGAGCGGCAGGCGCCGCCAGAUUCUUCGGAGGAUGCCCCUGCAGCCACUCAGAACUUCAUCAUUCCAAAGAAGGAGAUCCACACGGUUCCUGACAUGGGCAAGUGGAAGCGUUCUCAGGCGUACGCUGACUACAUCGGAUUCAUCCUCACCCUCAACGAAGGCGUGAAGGGGAAGAAGCUGACCUUCGAGUACACAGUCUCUGAGGCCAUUGAGAAACUGGUUGCUCUUCUCAACACGUUGGACAGGUGGAUUGAUGAGACCCCUCCGGUGGACCAGCCCUCUCGGUUUGGGAACAAGGCCUAUAGGACCUGGUAUGCCAAACUCGACCAGGAAGCAGAAAGCUUGGUGGCCACGGUGGUCCCCACCCAUCUGGCGGCUGCUGUGCCUGAGGUGGCUGUUUACCUAAAGGAGUCGGUGGGGAACUCCACGCGCAUCGACUACGGCACAGGACACGAAGCUGCCUUUGCUGCCUUCCUCUGCUGUCUCUGCAAGAUCGGGGUGCUCCGGGUGGACGACCAGAUAGCCAUCGUCUUCAAGGUGUUCAAUCGGUACCUUGAGGUUAUGCGGAAACUCCAGAAAACAUACAGGAUGGAGCCAGCCGGCAGCCAGGGCGUGUGGGGCCUGGAUGACUUCCAGUUUCUGCCCUUUAUCUGGGGCAGUUCGCAGCUGAUAGACCACCCGUAUCUGGAGCCCAGGCACUUCGUCGACGAGAAGGCUGUGAAUGAGAACCACAAGGACUACAUGUUCCUGGAGUGUAUCCUGUUCAUCACUGAGAUGAAGACGGGCCCCUUUGCAGAGCACUCCAACCAGCUGUGGAACAUCAGCGCGGUCCCCUCGUGGUCCAAGGUGAACCAGGGCCUCAUCCGCAUGUACAAGGCCGAGUGCCUGGAGAAGUUCCCUGUGAUCCAGCACUUCAAGUUCGGGAGCCUGCUGCCUAUCCACCCUGUCACGUCGAGCUAGGAGGGGCUGAGCAGCCAGAGCCAUCCAGGCCGCACUUCCUGUGCCUGCCCCCGACCCCAGCCACGGCCCCCUCCCCGCCCCCUCUGUUCUUUCUGUUUGACAAGAGGCUCUUUCCUGGGGUGGGGGGUGAACAUGGUGUGAGGGAGGCUCAGGGCGUGAGGCUGAAGGACCCCAGUUGGGAGAAGUGACCAAGUGACUUCUCCUGUGGUGGGCAGGCAAGAAGAGAGGGCCUGGGCCAGGGUCCCUGGGCCUGCCCCGGCUCCCGCUCCCUCUGGUGCAGCGCACCCUGAGGCCUGGGCUGCUCCGCUCCUCUGGGGAGGGCUAUUUCGCUGUUUCUGUUGCCUCUUUCCCUUCGCAGGCCCCUUGUCUUUCUAGGGGUGGAGCAGUUGCUCCCCGCAGGAUGGGUGGGUCCCCAAGCUGUGUUUGGUAGGCAUCGGGGGAUUUGAGGGCUGGAGGCUGAGGCUGGUGGCCAGCCUGGGGGCGGGGGUCAGGUAGGAAGAAGCAGUAGCUGUUCUGGUGACCCCUCCCAGCUCCCCUCAUGCUGCCCUGGGCCUCUGGACACCUGUGUCCAGCGCCUCAUCCUGGCUUUUCUGUUCUGACUUUCCUGCCACAGCCACACCUGUUUCCCUCCCCAAGGGCAGCCUCUGGAAGCUGCCCUUUGGGCGGCCGCUGGGCUCCUGGGAGGGCCCCACAGGGCUUGCUCACCGGCUGACUGGGUGAGGCCUGCCCUUCCGAAGCUCUCCCUGGCUGGGAGGGGGCCGGGACUCGGGGAGGGGCUUGGGGCCAGCAGUGGUUGUGGAGAACCCUGAUUCCUCUCGGCAGUCUUACAUCCGGCAGCUUCUGUUCCCUCCUCACUCUGCUUGCUUCCAGUGCCCUUGGCCCUGCUUCCCGGCCCCUGUGGGCGGUGGGUGAGCAGGCCACAGCAGGGCUCAGAAAGCAGCAGCCCUUGUCCUCCAGCCCCCCUGACCUCGCCCUGUAGCAUCCCGGGAUGAGGGAGUGAUGGCGCCCUAAGCCCGGACUUGGGCCCAGAGGAUGGACGGGGGCCAGGCUGGGCAGGCCCACCUGAGGGGUGACGGGGUGCUGGCGGCAGCGGGCCAGUUCCAGAAUCUUCUAGGGCUGCUCCCGGGCCUGGCUCUUGCAGCCUCUGCCCUGCCAAAGCCAAGGCCGGCCUUCUCCAGCCCCCUCCCCAUAGCUGGGUCCACACACCCUUUGGGAAGGGGGAGCACCCGAGAAGCACAGUCCAGGGCAUUGACUCUUGGAUCUGGGCCAGUGGCCUGUGCAGAGGCUGGACAGGAGCCACAAGAGUCACAGAAACAGUUUUCUGAGGAGAGGCCCAGUACCUGCCUCCCUGCCGGGACCCAGACCACCGCCUUCCUGGCUCCUCUGUCUCCGUGCCCCCUCGGGCCCCCAGCCCCUGCGCCUUCAUUGCUGUUCUGAUUAAAGCCUCUGUUUUGCACCUGUUA